AUGUUUGGAAACCCCUUGAAAUUUAGCCUUAACUUAGCAAACAAGAGAAUUUGGGAAUGUAGCAUUGAUAUUUACUUUAAAUUUACACAUAUAGUCAAGGAUUAUCGCAAACCAACUGUAAAGCCUAGUCCAAAUCCUUCACCUAUAAAUGAUGGCAAUGUUGACUAUGAACCAUUCGUACAGAAAUAUGCUUAGAAUUUGUAAAAGGUAGAAAAGGAUCUUACCGAGGCAGAUGAAGUGCGAUUGAAGCUACAGUGUCAGGUGAACUUAAUGAAGACUCAAGUGGCAAUGAUAAUGAAAAAACUGCAUGAUAGGAUGGUUGAUGUGGCUGACAUAGAGUUAGACUUCAAGUCAAAGAUGGUCGUUGAAUAAAUGAACUUAAGCUUUAGAAAGAGCAAGAUAGAUGAUGUGAAGAGGCAAAACUCAGCCUUCUCCUAGGAUAAUCUGAAGUCUGCUGGAAAUCAAUCAGUUCUCAUUAAAACUUAAGCUGCAACUUAGCAAUAGCAGUAACCAUUUGCUAAAGCAUAAUUGACUUAGCAAGAAAAAGAAAUGCUUCAAUACUAAAAGCUGGUUGAUUAGAGUCAAGAUUCAAAUAACAGUGAGAUGAUUAAGAAAUAAAAUAUAGUUGGCUCUAGUUUUCAAAAUAAAGUGCAAUAGAGGUAGCAAGUGCAGCAGAGAGUCAUAUGA